CACAAAAUCACUCAAAUUAUAUAUUUAUUCAGUAUUUCUAUAAAAAUUUUGCAUGGGGAAUAUCUAUUUGCUUCUCGAAACCCAUAUAAAUUACCCAUCAAGUCACAGCAACGCACAUGAGCAUAUAAGGAUUGGGAGAAGUGCUUAAAGAUGUGGAGGGCGAAUUGUGCCCUCUGUUUGAGGUUGUUGGAGAGAGGAAGGAUCAGAGCAUGGGUCUCCUGUCAGCCAAGGUUCUGCUCUAAUGAUGCUCCAGAAUCGUCGACUCCAUCCCCCCCCAAAGCAAACACAUCGCUCCGGACGAAGACAGAGAAACAGAAACGGAGACAACAAAAGCAGACUUUAAUUUUAGCCACUCCAGAAAAUAAUGCAAAGGAUAAUGAAAUUAGAUGGAGCCAGAAAGAUAAGAUACAAUACAGUACCUCAACAAUUCCUGGAGCAAAGAAAAAUACCAGCGUGCCUUUCCCACUGUCCUAUAGUCCAGAAUACGUAGAAGCCAGCUGGUACCAGUGGUGGGAGAAGGAGGGAUUCUUCACCCCAGAGUAUCAUGACAGGGUACCCCACGCGCAGAACCGGACCUUCACCAUGUGUAUCCCCCCUCCCAAUGUAACGGGCUCUCUCCACCUGGGCCACGCCCUCACCGUGGCCAUAGAGGACGCCAUGGUUCGCUGGAAGAGGAUGCAGGGCUACCGCGUUCUCUGGGUUCCGGGCUGUGACCAUGCAGGUAUCGCUACACAGAGUGUGGUGGAGAAGCGACUUCUCCGGGACCAGAGGAGACGCAGGCAGGACCUCUCCAGGGAGGAGUUCCUACAGGAGGUCUGGACGUGGAAAAGCCAGAAGGGAGAUGAGAUCUACCAACAGCUGAGGAGGCUUGGGGCUUCGUUGGAUUGGAGCAGAGCUUGCUUCACCAUGGAUCAAGGGUUCAGUGAGGCUGUAACCGAGGCCUUUGUGAGGUUGUGCGACUCGGGUUUGAUCUAUCGCUCCGAGGCGCUGGUCAACUGGAGCUGUGCCCUGGAAUCAGCCAUCUCUGACAUCGAGGUGGACUCCCAGGAGCUCUCCGGGCGCACCAUGCUGUCUGUGCCUGGCUACGAGAGGAAGGUGGAGUUUGGAACCAUGGUUACCUUUGCGUACCCCUUAGAAGGCCAGGAUGGAGAGGUGGCUGUGGCGACCACCCGGCCAGAGACCAUGCUUGGAGACGUUGCCAUAGCAGUGCACCCAGAUGACCCUAGAUACCAGGCCGUCCAAGGCAAACACUGCAGACACCCCUUUGCCGACAGGCUCAUCCCGAUCGUGACGGACGCAAUGGUUGACAUGCAGCUUGGAACAGGCGCUGUCAAGGUCACCCCAGCCCACGACCACGUGGACUUUGAGCUCUCCCGGAGACACUCUCUGCCUUGCCUCACAGUGAUCUCUGGAGAUGGCACCAUGGCACCCUCCUGUGGCCAGUGGCUGGAGGGUGUGAAGCGCUUUGACGCCAGAGAGAAGGUUUUGGACGCCCUGGCUGAAAAGAUGCUGCUUAGGAAUAAGAAGGACCAUGCCAUGUCUCUACCCAAGUGCAGCCGCUCUGGGGACGUGAUCGAGCCGCUCCUGAAGAAGCAGUGGUUCCUGCGCUGUGAGGACAUGGCCAGCAGGGCGAUACAGGCGGUGGAGGACGGGCAGUUGGAAAUCAUUCCUCCAUUGCACACCAAGACGUGGAAGAAGUGGCUGUCCAACACAAGUGACUGGUGCAUCUCCAGACAGCUUUGGUGGGGUCAUCGGAUUCCCGCCUACCAAGUUGCUCUACCUGGUCAAUCAGCCAAUCGAGAGGCCCUGUGGGUGUGGGGGCGCAGCGAGCAGCAGGCCCGGGAGCGAGCGGCGGCCCAGUGUGGAGUGGACCCAGCCUCGCUGACGUUAACCCAGGACCCCGACGUGCUGGACACUUGGUUCUCCUCUGCGCUCUUCCCCUUCGCCAUGCUGGGCUGGCCCCAGAAGACUCCCGACCUGCAGCAGUUUUACCCCACCUCGGUGCUGGAGACGGGCAGCGACAUCCUCUUCUUCUGGGUGGCCCGGAUGGUCAUGCUGGGGACGGAGCUGACCGGGCAGCUGCCCUUCAAACAGGUGCUGCUCCACUCUCUGGUGAGGGACCGGCACGGCAGGAAGAUGAGCAAGUCCCUGGGCAACGUGGUGGACCCCCUGGACGUCAUCUCCGGCGCGUCCCUGGAGAGGCUCCAGGAGAAAGUGAGGGGGGGGAACCUGGACCCGGGGGAGCUCACCGUCGCCAUGGAGGCACAGAGAAGAGACUUCCCCGGGGGGAUCCCCGAGUGUGGCACAGACGCUCUGCGCUUCGCUCUCUGCUCGCACCGAGCCCAGGGGGAGGACAUCAGCCUGUCCGUGUCCCAGGUGCUCAGCUACCGCCGCUUCUGCAAUAAGAUAUGGCAGACGGUGAGGUUCACCCUGGGAGUGCUGGGCGACGGCGCCGACCAGCUGGACACACUGGCCGAGACUCGGCCGCUGAGCAGCAUGGACCGCUGGGUGUGCUCGCGGCUCCACAGCACGGUGCUGCAGUGCGAGCGCGGGUUCGAGGCCCGCGAGCUCAGCGCCGCCACCGCCGCCAUCCACGACUUCUGGGUGCACAGCCUCUGCGACGUCUACAUGGAGUGCAUCAAGCCCCUGCUGACCCCGCAGGACGGGGGCGCCGGCCCGGGGGAGGCCCUGGCCGGCGAGCGGCGGGCGGCCCGCUCGGUGCUGUACCACUGCGUCAGCGUCCCCCUGGCGCUGCUCGCCCCCUUCAUGCCCUACCUCAGCGAGGAGCUGUGGCAGAGGCUGCACCCCCUCCUGGCCCGCGAUGCGGGGGGCGGCGGCAGCAGCAGCCUGUGCCUCCAGCCGUUCCCACGCUCCUCCGAUCUGGAGCACUGGCACUCUCCUGAGGAGGAGAGCCACUUCCUGCUGGUACAGGAAGUGGUGCGAGUGGCCCGCUCCCUCCGGGCGCAGUGCGGGAUGACCAAAGAGAGACCCGACAUGUGGGCAGUAUGCUCCCCGGCCCAGGAACAGACCCUCCUGCACUUCCUGCCGGCGGUGCACACACUGAGCCGCGUCUCGACGCUGCACAUCCACUGUCCCCAGGGGGCCCCCGGGGCCCGGCCCUCCGCCCCCCCGCCCGAGGGGUGCGUCGUGGGCACGGUGGACCACUCGUGUCAGCUGCACCUCAACGUUCAGAGGGGCAGGAACGUGGACCAGCAGAUCUCACAGCUCUCCAAGCGCAGAGACGGGCUCCUGCCCAAACUGAACAAGAUGCUGUCGCGGAGGCUGGCCCCCGGGUACCUGGAGAAGGUCCCGGAGCGCGUGAGGCAGGAGAUGGACAAUAAGAUAUCAGCCCUGGAGAAAGAUGUGCAGAGCAUUGAGGAGCAGCUGUCGGCCCUGGACGGGCUGAGGCCCGACCGCACCUAACUGUAAACACGCACGGCUGAGUUUGCAACACAGCUGUGUUGCAGGGUGUCUUUGCAUAUAAAGGGAUUAUGCUGUAAUCAAUGUAGUAUUAGUGCGUAAUUGCUACUCUUCAAAAUGUUGAAUAUAAAUAAAGUGCAGUUAUUUGAUUGGAUGGCGUCCAGCUACACAUUGGUAUUUUGG